AUGUCACGAAAUUUGAGAUCCAUGUUCAGAAGAACGUCUGGUUUUGUUACUUCUACUUUGAAAGAUACACAUUCAGAUGGACACUCCAGUUUAUCAAUUGCAUAUCCUUGUGCCUUUCAGGAUAUAAUAGAAAAUAUUGAAAAUACGGGUUCGAGCUCUGAAGUCUUAUCAGCUUCUUGUGAUAAAAUGAAGAGAGGAUUAUGGAUGAGAAGAAUAGGAAGAAAAAAACAAGUGGAAUAUCUUUUCAAAUUGGAAAGCAGUGGUGCUAUUGUAUGGAAAGAUGGGGGUAAAAGAUUACCGUUGGAUUCCAUCAAAGAUAUUCGUACUGGAGAGAUGGCAAGUAAUUAUAGAGAACAGUAUGGGGUAUCCAUCAAAGUGUCACAUCUUUGGGUUACUGUCAUAUACUACGUCUCUAAUAAGUUGAAGGCGCUACAUGUGGUAGCAAAUAAUCAAGAGGAACUUGACGUUUUUAUGAAUUGCAUAUGUGGGUUAGUUAAAUUAAGAAUGGAAUUAAUGGAAAGUAUAUCUGUUCCUGAUAAUGAAAAAUUCGCUAACAUUCAUUGGCAUAGUACGGUCUCUCGAAGGAAAGAGGAUGAAACUAAAGACACCCUAACCUUUGAUGAUGUGAGAAAAUUAUGUGAUAGAUUUCACAUUUAUUGCUCUACGAAUCAUUUAAAGAAAUUUUUUCGCAUGGCAGAUGUUAACAACAAUGGUCUUUUGAACUUCCAGGAGUUCCAAACUUUUGUAACGCUAUUAAAGACCAGACCUGAACUCAAGCAAUUAUGGAAUUCUAUAACACUAGGACGUUCUGCAAUGAGUUUACAGGAGUUUCACCAGUUUUUGACACAAGAACAGGGUGAACAAGCUUCUGAACAGGAUGCCCAGGCUAUAAUUGGCAGAUUCAAAAAGACAAAGGAUGGCGGUUUCACUUAUGACGAUUUUAUCAAAUAUUUAGGAGCCCAACCUCAUGCAGUGGAAAUGCAGGAAGAUUAUGAUAGACCCUUAAACCAGUAUUUUGUGGCGUCUUCUCAUAAUACGUAUCUGUUGGGUAAACAGGUGGGCGAAACGCCGUCUGUGGAAGGUUAUAUGCAGGCGUUACAACAAGGCUGCCGAUGUAUUGAGAUUGACAUCUGGGAUGACGACAUAGGUCCAGUUGUAUGUCACGGAUUUCUCACUCCGGCGAUACCUCUAAUAAAUGUUAUAGAAAUCAUUCGCAAAUACGCAUUUAUUACAUCACCAUAUCCCUUGAUCAUAUCUCUGGAGACCAAUUGCAACAGGGAAAAUCAAGCAAUUGCAGCGUCCAUAUUCAUGAAUUCAUUGGGCUCCAUGUUGUAUCAAAACAUCAAUGAAGAUGGCCCAUUACCUUCCCCCAAUGAAUUAAGACACAAGAUUCUUUUAAAGGCUAAGAAGACGAAAAGAGUGUCUGACGUUUUCAACCCAGAUUUACAAAAUGGGGGAACUAUGUCGUGGGAGGGUGCUUCCUCAUCUUAUAGUUCAUCUUAUGAAUCGGAAUUAGAAAAUAUGAUAAAACUUAAGGAAACCAAAUCUGCAUCAAGCGCCAACCCAACUACUAUUCGCAGGAUACGAAGAGUGAACAUAAGAAAAGGUGUAGAAGUAAGUGAAAAACUUUUAACCAUUUCAGCCAUUUAUGGAUUGAAAUUUAGGAAUUUUUCGUUACCAGGUUCCAAGACAACUACACACUGUUUUUCAUUAAAUGAAAGAAAGAUAGACAACCUUUGCAAUGAUAGAAUCCAAGAAUUAUCCAUUGACAAGCAUAACAGGCGUCAUUUAAUGCGUGUGUAUCCUCAUGCAUUUCGGUACAAAUCAUCUAACUUUAACCCCAUAAAAUUUUGGAGACUGGGCGCUCAAUUUGUAGCUCUCAAUUGGCAGACUAAUGACUUGGGCCAGCAGAUUAAUUUAGCCAUGUUCCAGUUGUCAAACCAGAAAAAUGGUAUGUUACAUUCAGGAUACGUUCUUAAACCACUAAGUUUGAGAGAACCAGUCCCUAAAUUACAAGAUAUACCAGCUCAUUAUGAUUCAUUUUAUCAAACGCCCGUUCAGGUCCAUCUCAAGGUGUUAUCGGCACAGUUGCUUCCAAAACCUGCAGAGACCAAAAAUACUAAGGAUGAGCUAUUCGCACCCUUUGUUGAGAUUGAAUUUUUCAGCGACGAAGAACUAUUACAACCACCAACGGUAUUCAAAGGUGGUACCAAACCUUCAUCGCCUAAUGCAAUCUCCACCGAGGUGUGCAAGGAAAACGGAUUCAACCCCGUAUGGGGAACGGAGAUUCAUUUGAAGUUAAGACAUACAGAUUUCACAUUCGUUAAAUUUACUGUCAAAACAGGAGAAUUCGCUUUGGCCCUGUCUUGUCUUAAGCUUGAUCAACUGAAGAGGGGCUAUAGACACAUCCCACUUUACAGCCAAGAAGGUGAAUUGUAUAUAUUUUCUACGCUAUUUAUCUCUACACAUAUCUCUUGA